GCAGCAGUAGCCAGCUGCCAGUCCAACAUGGCUGACCUGUGAGAGAGCAGCGGUGCUACGCGGUCCGGGUCUUUCCGCUUGCUGUAAUUCGCUAGUUUUUAGCCGAUCCCGCGCGCACGUAGUGUUUUUGUGUUUACCGAGUCGUUAUAAUGAUAUCUUCGAUUGUCUCCCGUCUCGUCAUACUGGUCUUUGGUACCCUCUAUCCGGCUUAUGCCUCGUACAAAGCUGUCAGAACGAAGAACGUCAAAGAAUACGUAAAAUGGAUGAUGUACUGGAUCGUAUUUGCGCUUUUCACGUGCGCUGAGACAUUCACCGAUGUUUUCUUCAGUUUCUGGUUCCCGUUUUACUACGAGAUCAAGAUAAUCCUGGUGCUGUGGUUGCUUAGUCCAGCAACGAAGGGAUCGAGCAUUUUAUAUCGUCGAUUCGUACAUCCAGCUCUGAGUCGCCGUGAGGCCGAGAUCGAUGACGCACUAGCACGAGCAACCGAGCAGGGAUACACAGCUGUAUUGCACCUCGGUACUCGAGGUGUGAAUUAUGCAACAACGGUACUUAUGCAGACCGCGAUAAAGGGUGGCGGAGGACUCGUUCAACAACUCAAAAAAAGUUACAGUCUCAGCGAUCUUACGGGAGAGAAGGAGGAUGAGAAUAGAAACACAUCGAGCAUGCGGGACGAGACGGACAUGGAAGUAGAACCUCGUCGGAGAGAAAACCCAGGAAGAAGGGGAUACAGUCCUCGAAGGACUCAAUCCAGUAGUAAUCGCGUCGAAAUGUACUUCUCCGAAGUCGAUGUCGACGUUCGACAACCAAGGCCUAGGGAUCCUGUAGCUAGUUUAACAAAUAUUAGAUCGUCUGACGACAUAUCGAGUGGUUACAGCAGUGGCGAGGCGUUACAAACGAAUCGAGUAACAUCGCAGGUCGAUUCGCUUUUGAGAACGGCGAGUGUGGGCGCGAGGACACGAACAAGACCACGUUCAGCAACGACGAAAAAAAUCCCGGAGGUUGGAGAGGACGAGCAGACAAGCGAGAUUUCUUCCUUCCCGGAUUUGUCGCUGUUCCCUCAGCCACUUCCCCUCCUGACCGCCCGACAAGCCCUUGAACUCAUAUUGCUCCUUUCCCAGGUUAAUCCAAGCGACAAUAAAGAUGUCUGCGAGAAUUUAGCGCCGAGUUUAAUAACGGUAAAUGCCGAGGGAAAUUCGAAGGAUGCAGCUGAAAGUCCGCCUGUCGAUUUUGCGAUAGAAAAAAUCGCUGAUGAAAUUCCUGAGGAAAAUAUGAGCGUGACAAACGCAGAGAACGUGCUCGAAUCGCCGAAACAAAAAGAGUCGAAUAAUCAGGAAUUCUUAACCGAUAUUGAACCUGAAGACAAGAAAAUAAUGGCACCUUUGCCCACCGAAGAAAUAAUGGUCGAUAAUGACACUUUAAUAACUAACGACAACCAUAUUUGUCAGGAUAAACUGGAAGAACUCAAGAUAACGAGCUUCGCGACUUUGCCCCGUAGCAAAAAGCCAACGAAAAAGAAAGUGCCAUGAAACUUGAUCGCUGCUGACCACAUUAAAGAGGAGGAUCAAUCGCUCGUCACGUGAGUUUAAAACACUCGAUCGUUCAUCCCGCAGCGACCGGAUCAUCGUGCAUUUUCGCAAGGAUUUUAAACGUCAAUGAAAAUCAAAUUUUACGUAUGGCGAGAGGAGCAAAAGUGAAGUAGCGACGAUAUGAAAACUAUCUGGAUGGUCAGCAGUGGAGGAAGAAAAGUGAGAAAAGGUUGGACGAUGUGCUGUUUAAUGAAAUUCAUUGAGCACAUUAAUAGCAGCAUUGUUGUUGGCGUUCCGGCUCUUCGAGAGGAAUCUGUGCUAAUUAUCCUACAAAAAAGGAGCUUCGUUCUUUAUCCUCGAUUAUUAUUUUUUCGUUUCAUCACUGACAGCGCUAAUUAUUAUUACUCAAUUCAGCGAGGACAAAAAUCAGAAGCCCCUAUCAGGUCUUGGCAUAUCCAUCUGCGUACCAUGCAAAAGAGGCGGACGGAUAUUAAUUGUGAUAUAUAUCAUUGUAUUUCGAGGGAGAUGCUGCUAAUUUCGAGAAGCUAAAUUAUUCAUAGAGAUCGAAGCGGUUCUACGAGGGCCAGAUAAAAUCUAGUCAGGACGCGAAUAAGUAGCUCAAAGCUACUUUUCUAAUGAUGCGAACUGUGCCACCUUGGAUUAUUCGGAGCGUCAUAACUAUUAAGGUUCGGCGAUGCAUGUUUCUUAGCCAAAUUUUAUUGAGCCAAAAGCCCACACUUCGCUAACAGAAAAAAUCUCGAAAUUCAGCCAUCUUUGAGACCUGACAAACAUUUAUUUUGAGUUGUGAAAAUUCCGAAGAGUAAUUAACAAAUCAUAUAAAGAACAUAUUCUUCGGCAAAUAAUCCAGUGUUUUUUUUUGUAAUGCGACACGAAGUUGAUCUUUUAAUGUAAUAGGAUGUCAUCUAAUUUUUCGAAUAUUCUUUUUUUCCUUGGAUUCUUGAAAAAAUUAAAAAAAAAAAAACAUACAAAACCGUGAAUUUUCUUAAAUUUUCAUUGGAGAUUCAACAUCGUGUAUAACGACAUUACUCGAGCAUCAAAUCAAUAGAUAUUCAAACUUCACUUUCACGAUAUUCGUAAACAAUUUCAAAAGAAUUACAGUUCGGAAUUGAUUGAUCCGCGUUGUUGGCCAUUCUUUUUUAAGCAAUUUUUUAAUAAUUUUCUCCCGAUUUUGUAAUCACAAACAUCAAUGUGCACACUGUCCUACGGAUGGCUGAAUUUCAUCAGCCUUUAAGCGAAUCGUUGAAAACCGAGAAUAUUUUAUGGAAACGAAAAAUUGGCAUGAGAAUAUGUGUGAUUAAUUCUUGAUAUCGAAUAUUUAACAUUAAUAUUUUAUAUAUAUAAUAAAAUAGAUAAUUAAAUUAUCAUAUAUUAUAUGUAUAAUAUAAGAAUAUUAAAUACGUUUUUGCCCUCCCCCUUUUCGCUAUCCCUUUCAAGAGCUGUAGGCCAGUCUUGCGUACUUUGGUGAAAAAAAAAGACGAGGAAACUCCUCGAGUCCCUGAACAUUAGUCGACCGCCGUUUUUUAAUCCACAAAAAGUAUUAAUUGAAUUUCUCAUUAUUAUUACCAAUUUAUUUGACAUUAUGAGUAACGUUUUUUUCUUGUUUUACUUGAGCGUAGACAAAAAAGACUGUACGAUUAUCAUAGUGGUAAGAAAGCGAGUGGUUGCGCACAAAAUCUUCGGCUAUCAUAGGUCCUCUGUAUUUAGAAUUAGUGAAUUCAAUCAGCGAUAUUAUUGAUUUCAACUAUUAUAGCUACUACACGGUAAGCGUAUAUGCAUAUAGAUUUCUGUAUAUUUACAUUUAUACUAAACAUAAAUAUUGUACGGGGCGCUCAUUUUCAUAGAGAUUCUUUCGAAUUUAACUCGAAUGCGAAACGACGAUUAUCAUUACUAAAAAAACCUCUUCUUUUGCAUUUUUUUUCGAAACUUGUUCACUCUUCAUCGAGUUGCCGGGAUUGAAUGAUCGCCGAGUGCGAGUUAAUCGCACAUCAUUAUCAAUGUUAUCAGAAAAUGAAGACAAUGGCGUACAACUAAAGCGUAUUGUUGCAUACGAGGAACAUUUCAUGUAAUAGAGACGAUCGGGGUCGUUUUAACCCCUGUUUAGAGUAUACGUUCCUAGGGUUGAAAAAACUUUUUUUUGUUACUGUAACGAGAUUUUUUAAUUGCAUAGCUUCGUCGUAAUUAAUCUCACGAAUUUCGUUCGCUGUUCGGAAAAUACUCAGUUUGGGAAAAAAGUGCACCAGCCGUUGAUAUUAUAGAUAUAUUAUCAUUAUUAUUGAUUAUUAUUGUAUUAGGCAGUACUACUUUUUGUACAUGAAUUGCCAAUAUUAGAGUAUGGAUGGAGUGUGUAAGAAAAUCGGAAGUUUGAAUGUUCCAUGUGCUUAAUUGGACUGAAAUGAUUUUUGUGAGUUUUCAUCAGUAAUUGGCUCUACCAAUGGGAACCGCACCUUCGAAACAAUAGAACAGCUCUCAUAGAUGGUAUCGUUAUCGCGCAACUUUUUCACUAUACUUCGGGAAACGUGAGAAAACUCGAAGGAAAAUUGACGUUUCAUGGUGCUAUUCUAUUAAAUGUGUAUUAACAAUACCGCGUGGGAAAUAUUCCAGCGUUUUGUAUUAAGUGUGAUGUGCUGACUCAAAUUUAGCUCGCGCUCAUAGAUAUGAGAGAUAAAAAAAAGGGAAGUUUUCAUUUAUUGCCAAUUACUCGAAAUACCGGCCGAUUUAUCGAACAUUGUUGAUUGCCAGGAUGAUGCUCGGAUUCUAACAAAUAUAAAGUUAUUAGUUAAUA